AUGUCGAUGCCACCACCAAAGAAAGUCGAGGGAGAGCAGGCUCCAGUCCAGGAGACCACCAAGAUCUCCAUCACCCUGACCUCCACCAACCCAAAGGCUUUGGAGCGUGUCUCCUCCGACCUCAUCGAUCUCUCCAAGAAGAAGAAGGUCAGAGCAAAGGGACCAAUCCGUAUGCCAACCCGCGUCUUGAAGCUUACUACCCGUAAGUCACCAUGUGGUGAGGGUACCAACACCUGGGAUCGUUUCGAGAUGAGAAUCCACAAGCGUGUCAUCCACAUCUUGUCCACCGCCGAUUUCCUCAAGGAGAUGAACUCCAACUCAAUCUCCAUCGAGAUGGGCGUUGACGUUGAGGUCACCUUGAACAAGAAGUAA